GAAAUGGUGGUAGUUUGGUAAUUUAACUGUGGCAGAAGGUGAAGAAGGGAAGGGGGUUUGGAGGAAGCAGUGAGAUCAAAGGAAUUCGGCGAAGAAAGAGAGAAUGGCGUCGGGUUGGGGAAUUACAGGAAACAAAGGUCGUUGCUACGAUUUCUGGAUUGAUUUCAGCGAAUGCAUGUCUCGCUGCCGAGAGCCCAAGGAUUGCGCUCUUCUCCGCGAAGACUACCUCGAGUGCCUCCACCAUUCCAAAGAGUUUCAACGACGAAACCGGAUUUACAAGGAGGAGCAGCGCAAACUAAGGGCUGCUGCCAGGAAAGGCCAGGAGGAUGGGGUUGUUAAUGAACAUCAUCAUUAGCACCCGGAGUUAAUUUUCAAUUUAAGCUUCUGAACAAUUAUUUCAUAAAACGUUUGUAAUUUGCUUGGAUCAGUAUUCCUGCAUGUUCUGUGAGCCCAUAUUUUAUACAUUUUGACCUUGCGGGCUUCGUUUCCUUGUGCAAUAAUUGGAGGUCAUCUUGGGACUGCAAAUUGCUAUAUAAGUUUGCUGAGUUAAUUUGGUAAA